UAAAAACCUUAUUAUGGUGAAAUUCAAGCACUCUCGCAUAGGAUCUCGAAAAUCAUCGUUGCCAACUACAACAACAUUGAUCUUCACCUUAUUUUUGACAUUCACAUUCCUCAUUCUCUUAUCUCUACGUAUACCUAAAUCCAACCAUCUCAACUCCAUUUCUCGUAACACUCUCAGAAGCGAUGGUGAAAGAGAGCGUUGGGUUGAAAUCCUAUCGUGGGAGCCUAGAGCAUUUUUAUAUCAUAAUUUUCUAGCAAAAGAGGAAUGUGAACAUCUAAUCAAUAUAUCCAAGCCUUAUAUGGAAAAGUCAUUUGUAAUUGAUAAUGAAACAGGAAAGAAUGUGGAAAGCAGUAUAAGAACAAGCACUGGAACUUUUCUCCCAAUAGGACAUGAUAAAAUUGUGAGGAAUAUUGAGAAAAGAAUAUCUGAUGUUACUUUUAUACCUGUAGGGUAUGGUGAAGAAUUUAACAUCCUCCAUUAUGAAGUUGGACAAAUGUAUGAACCUCACACUGACUACUUUGAGGAUGCGUUUAAUAUUAAGAAUGGGGGUCAACGUAUAGCAACAAUGUUGAUGUACCUUUCAGAUGUUGAAGAAGGGGGUGAGACGGUGUUCCCAGCUGCCAAGGGAAAUUUUAGCUCCGUACCUUGGUGGAAUGAGCUUUCGGAUUGUGGGAAAAAAGGACUUUCGAUUAAGCCAAAAAUGGGCGAUGCUUUACUUUUCUGGAGCAUGAAGCCUAAUGGAACUGUAGAUCCAUCCAGUUUACAUGGUGCUUGUCCGGUGAUAAAAGGUGAUAAGUGGUCAUUAACCAAAUGGAUGCGAGUCAUUGAGUGGUGAUAAGUUAUAUCUCCUUUGUUGUUGUACGUACUUAUAUAUACAAAAAUAAAAUUUUACAGUUACAGCUACACACAAAUGUUAUCUGACAAAGUUGUUACAUUUUGCUAAGCCGAUUACGAUUUGAAUCAGCUGAUAGAAUGUUUGGAUACAGUUUCACCAUCUUCUCUAAUUUAUGGUUUAUUGUACAUUUUCAUGUUCA